AUGGAUGAUUUCGUUGCUGGUCAAUUCGGGUCCUCAGAUACUUAUGGUAUUGUGCUUGGCUACAACUUGUUGACAAAUGAUAAUAUUCAUGCAUUGCAGUCGACAGGUCGAGUGAAUGGUUUGAUUGUAUUAUUACGAGAAGCGAUGGACGCAAAGGAUUUGGUCAGUGUACAUUCACCCGAAGGAGCCUGUCCAAACUGUGAAUUUGGUCUCUAUGCAGACGAUGAUGAUCCUUACCAGUGGAAUCCACAGGGUCAAGAUCUACUCCAGCGUGCAUUCGAUAUACCCAUCUUUGGCAUCAAUCCAGUCAACAGAAUAUCCAAACAAAUUUACAAUUAUGUUAUGCGGACAGUAGAAUAUAAUGAAGAACAAGGCUAUGACAAUUAUCCAUUACAAGCAGUGGAUUUCGAAUUAUUCAUGUGGGCUGCAGUGAACGCCGAAACCUGUCUUCGACGAGGAUGGUGUGAGGUCGUCGGUGGCAUGUCGGUGUAUUCUACCCCAUCUUUCGAUAUCCAAGCAGACGACAACAAACCUAUUGUGAUGCUAACAGCUGCCAUGGACGGACGAUCCUUAUUCCACGAUCUUACCAAUGGAGCAGUCCACGAUGUCUCUGGACUUGUGGGUGUGCUUGCAGCAGCCGAAGCACUCAGUCAUGUCUCAACAACAGAUCUACCCAAACAUAUCCUGUAUACGCUGUUUACUGCUGAAUCGUGGGGGUAUGCAGGAUCUCAACGCUUCGUACAAGAUAUAUCACAGCCAUUCACCUGCACCAAUGCAUCACGCGCUGUAGCCUGCCCUUAUGGUAGCAGUGCUCCUUGCACUAACCCGUGCGUCCGAACCUUGGACUUUAAGCGGAUCAAUUUCGACACUAUCGACGCAAUCAUUGAACUGGGCUCGGUUGCGAAUGCAUCUGGCAGUGAGCAUUAUUGGGCGCAUGUGGAUGAUACCCAAACCAGCCAAUCUAUCAUUGCUACAUUGCAACAACAGAGUACGACAGGUGGCAGCAGCAGCAAUAAUAAUAAUACACAUGCAACAGCAGCAUCGGUUCGUUCGGCAAAUGAGGAUAAUGUACAACGUCGAUUGCCGCCUGGAAGUAGUACGAUGAGCUUCCUCAAACAAAAACGAAACAUACCAGCAGCAGUGAUCACGGAUUUCCAGAAAGAGCUUGGAAGUUUGUACAACAGCGAUCUGGAUGAUGACACGGAAACAGUUAAUUUGGCAUCCAUCUGUCAGCUGGCCACAACCACAGCUAGGACAGUGUACCUGCAGGCACAGGGUAACACGAGCAUAGCUAAUCAAAUCACUGCCAACUGCACCUUGGUCGAAUCCUUGAUGGAUUGUCUGGUCUCCAAUUUCUCUUGUCCACUCAUGCAAAAUUAUUUCAACGUGUCGGGCAUCAAUCGUAUUAGUCACUACGCCUCAGUGUUCAGUUUCCGCAAUCCACAACCGCAGUUAUUAUCACGAUUUGUCUUUACGUUCCUAGCCGAUGUAACGCGUCGUCCUCAACCUCAAAAUCCGUCAUCCGCAUGUACAACGAUUCAGGAUUGUCAUAGCGGCGAAUAUUGUGUCAGGCAACAAUGUGUUCAAACAUUUACUAAUUAUCACGAUGCAUAUGGAACUGGAUUGUCGUAUGACGAAGCGACGGGUGAAAUUCUUGUCGUUGAUCCAACAAAGCCUACCUGGACUGAAAGCACGUGGAACACACCCGUAUUUCGAACGUUCCUUGUGACGUCAAGAAAACAGCAAGCCAUCGAGUUAGUGGUGGGCGUAUUAUGGACGGUGAUCAGUAUAGUAGGAGUGAUUUUUGGCAAACGGUAUUUUAGAAAGACCUUUAAAACCGAAUAA